UGACAUUGAAAACUAUAUUGAGAGAAAGAGAGAGAGGAGUUUCUUUUCAUUUUAUCAAUGGCGUCAAAGAAGAGUUUUCUCACAAACCAAAGUUACAUUUUCCCAAAUACCAACAAAAAAUCCUCUGAAGAAGAGGGUAUGUUUGAGUUUGAUGAAGCUGAGUUAUGGAACUCUUGCACCCCUAACAAGAAGGGUGGUGGUAAUAGCAUUUCCGGUUUGAAGAAAGCAUCAAGGAAGAAUACCGAUGGUAGAGUUAGUCCAAUGGGUGCGGCAUCAUUGCCGGUGAAUAUACCUAAAUGGCCAAAGAUCUUAGAGGAGAAACAGAAGAAGAAGAAUCGAAAAUGGGAGAGUGAUGAUGAUGAAGAAGAAGAUGAAGAUGAUGAUGAAGAUAGGGUACCACCUCAUGAGUAUUUAGCUAGGACUAGAGGUGCUUCAUUGUCGGUGCAUGAAGGGUUUGGAAGGACUCUCAAAGGUAGGGAUUUGUGUAGUGUUAGGAAUGCUAUUUGGAAGAGAGUUGGGUUUGAAGAUUAAUUAAAUUAAUUAGUUUUUUUUUGGGAAGGAGAAUUAAGGUUAAGGUGAAAAUUAGUUACAAGAUUAGUGUUAUUAAUUUAGUUAAUUAGCUAUUUAUGUAUGAAAAUGAGAUCUAUAUGUAAUGUAAGCUAUAUUGUAGGAAAUGAGUUCUCAUUUUGGGGGUCUAACAUUUUUGAAGGGCUACUCAUAUAUGCUUGUAAUGGUUGAAUGAAUGAAUGAACUCUUUGAAUUUAUUAUUCUA